AUGAUCGCCUUCAUUACGAACCCACAGACAUACAUUCAUCUUGCUCUUCGAAAUAAAGAUCAUUAUGCUAGGCUCCAUGGUUACGACCUAUUUAUUGAUUACGAAUCUUAUUCUACACGAGGCACCACAUGGCUUAAGUUCGACAUGGUUGAACGUGUUAUCAAUGCCGGACAGCACGACUGGAUCUGGUACAUGGACUUUGACACUCUUAUCACAAACCACAGCAUGAGUUUGACGAAUCUCAUUUAUGAGUAUCUGGCAAAGGCUCCAAUGCCAGACACGAUUGAUUUCCUGGUGACGGACGAUUGUAACGGACUCAACGACGGUUCAUUUAUUGUGCGGUCAUCAUCACGCUCCAUACAAUUUCUCAACGCAAUCCGCGCUAUCCACGACAGAGAAAAGGAACAAAGUGGAAGAUCAUUGGGAGACCAAGACUCAAUGGAAGCAUUUCUCAAGAGCAACGCCCCGCUUACCCAGCAUGCAAUGCGUAUUCCUCAGUGGACAAUUAAUGCCUUUCCUGAAGAAAUUGGCUGCUACGAUACGCACAAGAAGAAAUGGGAAAAAGGCAUGUUUGUCGUCCAUUUUGCAGGCGCCUGGGCUCAUAUAGCUGGGGAAGAUCCCACUGGUCAUCUAAUGAGGAAAUAUGAACCUGAAAUACUUUGA